AAUAUGUACAAUGAACUCUGUAGGUAUAAUUUGCAUUAUUAUCUGUACCAUCUAAUUAUUCCACAACAAGGUCACCAGGUAAAAAAAAAAGAUGUAUAGUUAACUGAACAUAAUUUAUGGUAAAAUAAUGUGUAUGGCUCCAUAUUGUACUUAAAAAAAUACACUAAACUGUUUGGUCAAAAGGUUUUUACAGUUUAAUCAGAACAACUUGAAUAUCACUGAAGCAUCAGGCACAAACCGUCAUGAUGUAACGCGACAACGAGAAGAAGAAAAAUCAGGAAAAGGAAAUGAAACCUGAGUAAUUUAGAGACUUACGUUAAAACACAGUUGAAGCUUUGAAUUACAGUAAAGUGACACUGACAUGGUUUAUUCUGAAAGGCCACUUACACAUAUACUGUGUAACAGCCUUUACUAUGUUGAUGAUAAAUAGUGAAGUGUCAUAUUGUGUCCAUCAUACUUCACUAAUCUCUGUGUUAAAAAUAGAACAAUAUUAUUUAACUGUGGAGUUAAAACAUCAUCUUAACAUUAAUAUGAAACAAAAAAAUCAAUCUAAUAUCUUUCCUGUGUGAAAAGAAUAUAUCAGUUGUUUUUUUUCUUCAGGCUUUUCUUUCAGAGCCUCUAAAUAAAAUAUUUUUUCCUAAUUUAUAUUAUUUCAUUUAUAUUAUUUACUGUUUAUGUGGCCACCAACUAAACUCCCUGACAAUUUAUUGUAUUUAUGACAAUCAUCUGCCAAAGUAACCUUCACUUGUAUGAUCUGCUUAAAAACGGACUCUGUAGAAUCGCGUUAGAAAUAUUAAAACGUGUCACACAUUCUACCGUAAAUACAAACAGCAGGCGUCAAAUAAUCAUUGAAUAGUUCCCACCGACCAUCGCAUCGUACUUUUGCUUGAAAUGCUGAUGACUGGUGAAUAUCUGGAACAGGGUCGACACAACAACUAAAAUAAAAAAGUUAUUUGAGAGUUAAGUUUUACAAAAUUUCAAAGGGAAUCUGGCUGUGGAUGUGAAAUCUGCAGCCACAGACGAGAUUAUUGAUUUUGGAUCAUCAGACUAACUGCAGCUGCGUCCUCUGACUGGAUUCAGUCGACUGGGGGGGAAAACAGGAACAUUUAAGAUGUUGAGGAGCUUUAAAAAGUCAGGAAAGAGAAGUGGAAAGAGGAUCGUGAAUGUCUUUUUUUUUAGAUGAGACACUGCAGCUCAACAACAGCUGAGGAGGAGAAGUAUUUACAGACGUUUUAUAUCGACAUGAACUAACAAACUUCAGUCAGCUACACAAAAAGGAUUUCUCUCAUCACAUGUAACUGUUACCUCAAGUUGUACUCAUACUAGUGGAAGGAACAGUGUACAUUUGAUAGAGCUGUGACUGGAGAUAACCUGUGUUUAUUAGGUGACUAAUAGUAAUUAUGGGAAAUAUCAUGUGAUCUCUCUGUGCAGGUGUUUGUGUGCAGGUGUGUCUUCAGCUAUGAAUCAGUGUGAGCAGACUCCCUCUAAAUCCACUCUGUGUGGGGAACAUGACGGCUGGACCAAAGCUCAGAGCCCAGAACAGCAGCACCCACCUGACUCACCUGCACCUGAAUCUGAACACAGCUGUGUGACCGUGAUGAGCGACGUGUCGAUGGAGCCUCCUCUAGCUUUUAGGAAAUCUGACGCUGGAAGGUGUUUGUGUGCAGGUGUGUCCUCAGCUAUGAAUCAGUGUGAGCAGACUCCCUCUAAAUCCACUCUGUGUGGGGAACAUGACGGCUGGACCAAAGCUCAGAGCCCAGAACAGCAGCACCCACCUGACUCACCUGCACCUGAAUCUGAACACAGCUGUGUGACCGUGAUGAGCGACGUGUCGAUGGAGCCUCCUCUAGCUUUUAGGAUAUCUGAUGCUGGAAGAGUUGACAAGGAGGACUCAGAGGUUCAGCAUCAGACACACCUGGACUCCAUACUUACGACGCUGGAGGAGAACAUUGUCACUUUUGUGAAGAGCGAGCUGAAGAAGAUCAAGAGUGUUCUGAAUCCAGAUUACCCAGAAUGCUUAGAGAGUCAGAGGGAGGAUAAGGAGGUGUUGGACGCUGAAGAUGAAGAGCAGAAGAGUAAGAGCAGAGAGGCAUUUCUAAAGAUCGCACUGCACUUCCUGAAGAGCAUGAAGCAGGAGGAGCUGGCUGACUGUCUGCAGAGCAGAUAUCCUGUUCCAGUUUGUUUCCAGCGUAAACUUAAAUCCAGCCUGAAGGAGAAGUUCCAGUGUGUGUAUGAGGGAAUCGCGAAAGCAGGAAACCCGACGCUUCUGAAUCAGAUCUACACAGAGCUCUACAUCACAGAGGGAGGGACUACAGAGGUCAAUAAACAAAAUGAGGUCAGACAGAUUGAAACCGCAUCCAGGAAACCAGACAGAACAGAAACAACAAUCAGACAUGAAGACAUCUUUAAACCCUCACCGGGAAGAGGUCAGCAAAUCAGAACAGUGAUGACGAAGGGAGUGGCUGGCAUCGGGAAAACAGUCUUGACGCAGAAGUUUACUCUGGACUGGGCUGAAGACAAAGCCAACCAGAACAUACAGUUCACAUUUCCAUUCACUUUCAGAGAGCUGAAUGUGCUGAAAGGGAAACAGUACAGCUUGUUGGAACUUGUUCAUCAUUUCUUCAGUGAAACCAAAGAAGCAGGAAUGUGCAGGCUUGAAGAGUUCCAGGUUGUGUUCAUCUUUGACGGUCUGGAUGAGUGUCGACUUCCUCUGGACUUCGACCACAAUCAGAUCCUGACUGAUGUUACAGAGUCCACCUCGGUGGAUGUGCUGCUGACAAACCUCAUCAGGGGGAAACUGCUUCCCUCUGCUCGCCUCUGGAUAACCACACGACCUGCAGCAGCCAAUCAGAUCCCUCCUGAGUGUGUUGACAUGGUGACAGAGGUCAGAGGGUUCACUGACCAACAGAAGGAGGCAUACUUUGUGAAGAGAUUCAGGGACAAGAAGCAGGCCAGCAGAAUCAUCUCCCACAUCAAGACAUCACGAAGCCUCCACAUCAUGUGCUACAUCCCAGUCUUCUGCUGGAUCACUGCUACAGUUCUGGAGGAUGUGUUAAAGAACAAAGAGGGAGGAGAGCUGCCCAAGACCCUGACUAAGAUGUACAUCCACUUCCUGGUGGUUCAGUCCAAACGGAAGAACGUGAAGUAUGCCAGAGGAGCUCUGACGGAUCCACACUGGAAAACAGACAACAGGGAAACAAUUGAGUCUCUUGGAAAACUGGCUUUUGAGCAGCUGCAGAAAGGCAACUUGAUCUUCUAUGAAUCAGACCUGACAGAGAGUGGCAUCGAUAUCACAGAAGCCUCAUUGUACUCAGGAGUGUUCACACAGAUCUUUAUAGAGGAGAGUGGGCUGUACCAGGACAAGGUGUUCUGCUUCGUCCAUCUGAGCGUACAGGAGUUCCUGGCUGCUCUUCAUGUUCAUCAGGCAUUCAUCAACUCUGGAGUCAAUCUGCUGUCAGAACAAGCACCAUCCUCCCCAAAGUACAACUCUGCAGAACCACACUUCUAUCAGAGUGCUGUGGACAAGGCUUUACAGAGUCUAAAUGGACACCUGGACUUGUUCCUCCGCUUCCUCCUGGGUCUGUCACUGGAGACCAAUCAGAAACUCCUGCGAGGCCUGCUGACACAGACGGGUAGUAGUUCACAGACCGGUGAGGAAACUGUCCAGUACAUCAAGAAGAGGAUCAGUGAGAAUCUGUCUGCAGAGAAAAGCAUCAAUCUGUUCCACUGUCUGAAUGAACUGAAUGAUUGUUCUCUAGUGGAGGAGAUCCAACAGUACCUGAGAUCAGGAAGUCUCUCCACAGAGAAACUGUCUCCUGCUCAGUGGUCAGCUCUGGUCUUCAUCUUACUGUCCUCAGAAAAAGAUCUGGACGUGUUUGACCUGAAGAAAUACUCGGAUUCAGAGGAGGCGCUUCUGAAGCUGCUGCCAGUGGUCGAAGCCUCCAACAAAGCUCUACUGAGUGGCUGUAACCUCUCAGAGACAAGCUGUGAAGCUCUGUCUUCAGUUCUCAGCUGUGAGUCCUCUUGUCUGAGAGAGUUGGACCUGAGUAACAACAACCUGAAGGAUGCAGGAGUGAAGCUGCUGUGUGCUGGACUAAAGAGUCGACACUGUACGCUGGAAACUCUCAGGCUGUCAGGCUGUCUGAUCACAGAAGAGGGCUGUGGUUUUCUUGCAUCAUCUCUGAGAGCAAACCCGUCUCAUCCGAGAGAGCUGGACCUGAGCUACAAUCAUCUCGGAAAAUCAGGAGUGGAGAUACUCUCUGCUGGACUGAAGGAUCCAAAAUGGAACCUGGACACUCUCAGGGUGGAGCCUGGUGGAGUUGAAUGGUUGCAACCAGGGCUGAAGAAGUAUUUCUGCGAACUCAAGCUCGACACAAACACAGUGAACCAAAAGAUCGAACUGUCCGACAACAACAAGCUGAUGUCCCAUGUGGAGGAGGAUCAGUCGUAUCCCGAUCAUCCAGACAGAUUUGACCACUGGCCUCAGCUGCUGUGUAGUAAUGGUCUGACUGGUCGCUGUUACUGGGAGGUGGAGUGGAGCGGCAGAAUCCACAUAGCGGUGACUUACAGAGGAAUCAGCAGGAAAGGAAACGGACACGAGUGCUUGUUUGGGAGGAACGAUCAGUCGUGGAGUCUGGUCUGCUCCGAUACUAUCGGUUACUCCGUGUGGCACAAUAACAAAUCCACAUACAUCACCACCUCCGCCCCCUCCUCCGGCUCCGACAGAGUAGCGGUGUACAUGGACCAUCCUGGCGGCACGCUGUCGUUCUACAGAGUCUCCUCUGACUCACUGAUCCUCCUCCACACCUCCAACACCACGUUCACAGAACCUCUUUAUCCUGGGUUCAGGUUCUGGUCGGACAGGCCUGGUUCCUCAGUGGCUCUGUGUUCUCUGUAGAAGACCAUCAAUCUCUCAGUGGUUUUAAGAGUAGUCGGAGCAGGUGAGGGGACCUGAGCUGGACUGGACAAAUAUCUUGAACUUGUGUUGUAUCUUUAUUUAAAGUCUCUGACUAUAUGUUUCCAGUCAGUCAGUUAGUUUCAGUAUAUAUUUAUCACCCUUCAGUCCGUUACACUAGUUAUUGUUUGAAUAUUGUGGUCAUGUUUACUUCAUUAAGAGAGUUUGUCUGGUUUGAACGGUUCAUUCAUGGAUGGAUCCGAUCAUGCAGUUACAUAUUCGCCUAUUGAGCUACGCAAUUCUCAGAGCAGAGUGGUGAGAAUUAAAAUGUUAUUUACUUAUUUAUUGUUUUUUUUAAAUGUAUGCCCAUCUCCAUGUCAGUAUCCCCUUUGCUGCCUUAACAAUGCAACUCUUUCCCUGUUGUGGGACUCAUAAAGGAAUAUGUUAUCUCA